CGGCCAUUCCGUCCGCCACGCAAACCCUCCCCUCCUCCACGAAUCCCGCCGCCGCCGCCGCCGCCGCCGCCGCCAUGAAGCGCUCGGUGGACGGCAUGGAGAAGCCCAAGUUCCUCACGCGGGAGGAGCGGGAGAAGCUGGCCCUUGAGCGCCGCCAGGCCGCCGUCACCGACCAGCGCCGCUCGGCGCUCGACCUGCUCCAGUCGCUCCCCCGGCCCCCUCCGCCGCCGCCGCCUCCCCCGUCCAACCCCCCUCGCGACUCCUCCUCUUCGUCCCACCACCGGGACUCCUCAGACCGGGACCGGGACCGGGAUAAGGAGAGGGAGAGGGAUAGGGAUAGGGACAGGGACAGGGAGCGUCGCCGCGACGACGACUCACGCCGCGACCGAGAUCGGGAUCGGGACCGCGACCGCCGGGACAGGGAGCGCCGCCGGGAUGACGACCACAGAGAGCGGGACAGGGACAGGGACAGAGACAGAGACAGGGAGCGCGGGGACAGGGAGAGAGAUCGGCUGGAGAAGAUGGCGGAGCGGGAGCGGGAGAAGGAGCUGGAUGCGAUCAAGGAGCAGUACCUGGGUUCCAAAAAGCCCAAGAAGCGGGUCAUCAAGCCCUCAGAGAAGUUCCGCUUCUCGUUCGACUGGGAGAACACGGAGGACACCAGCCGCGACAUGAACUCGCUCUACCAGUCGCCGCACGAGGCCCGGCUGCUCUAUGGCCGCGGUUUCCUGGCUGGCAUUGACCGCCGUGAGCAGAAGAAGGCGGCUGCUGCGCAUGAGAAGGAGACCCGCGCCGAGCAGCGGCGCAAGGCCGGUCUUGAUGACCGCCCGGAGGACGAUGCGGUUGAUAAGAAGGAGGCAGAUGCUGCAGCGAAGUAUGAUGCUUUUGACAUGCGUGUGGACAGGCACUGGACUCAAAAGUCCCUUGAUGAGAUGACUGAGCGUGAUUGGCGUAUUUUUCGUGAGGAUUUCAAUAUAUCUUAUAAGGGUUCUAAGGUACCCCGUCCCAUGCGAAAGUGGUCUGAGAGCAAGCUUGGUACUGAGCUGCUUCGUGCUGUUGAGAAAGCUGGGUACAAGGAACCUUCGCCGAUCCAGAUGGCGUCCAUUCCACUUGGUCUCCAGCAGCGUGAUGUUAUUGGUAUUGCUGAGACGGGCUCUGGCAAGACUGCUGCUUUUGUUCUUCCUAUGCUUUCGUACAUUACCCGCCUCCCGCCUAUAAGUGAGGAAAAUGAGGCUGAGGGUCCUUAUGCUGUUGUCAUGGCACCUACUCGUGAGCUUGCUCAACAGAUUGAGGAAGAGACUGUGAAAUUUGCAACUUAUCUUGGCAUUAAGGUUGUAUCCAUUGUUGGUGGUCAAUCGAUUGAAGAGCAGGGUUUUAAGAUUAGGCAGGGCUGUGAGGUUGUUAUUGCAACACCUGGUCGGCUUCUUGAUUGCUUGGAGAGGAGGUAUGCUGUGCUCAACCAGUGCAACUAUGUUGUUUUGGAUGAGGCUGAUAGGAUGAUUGAUAUGGGAUUUGAGCCACAGGUUGUUGGAGUCCUUGAUGCAAUGCCAUCAAGCAACUUGAAACCUGAGAAUGAGGACGAGGAGCUUGAUGCGAAAACGAUCUAUAGGACUACCUAUAUGUUCAGUGCCACUAUGCCACCUGCUGUGGAGCGGCUCGCUAGGAAGUACCUGCGGAACCCAGUCGUUGUCACAAUUGGUACAGCUGGCAAGGCCACAGAUCUCAUCACACAGAAUGUGAUCAUGAUGAAGGAGUCAGAGAAGAUGUCAAGGCUCCAGAAGAUACUCACGGAUCUUGGGGAUAAGCCAGCCAUUGUGUUCUGCAACACAAAGAAAUCAGCAGAUGCCCGUGCGAAGGAUCUAGACAAGGCAGGCUUCCGCGUCACAACCCUACAUGGAGGGAAGUCACAGGAGCAGAGAGAGACAAGCCUUGAUGGAUUUAGAAACCGCCGGUUCACUGUUCUUGUGGCAACUGAUGUUGCUGGACGUGGUAUUGACAUUCCUGAUGUUGCUCAUGUUAUCAACUAUGAGAUGCCUGGCUCAAUCGAUACAUACACACAUCGUAUUGGAAGAACUGGACGUGCAGGAAAGAAGGGACUGGCAACCUCAUUUUUAACUCUGGAAAACACAGACAUUUUCUUUGAUCUGAAACAGAUGCUUAUACAGAGCAACAGUCCUGUGCCACCUGAACUUGCAAGGCAUGAAGCGUCCAAAUUUAAGCCAGGCUCAGUUCCUGAUAGACCUCCAAGACGAAAUGACACUGUAUAUGCAACUCACUGAACUAUCUACUGCAGAGUGGGAAAAAGAUCCUCCAGUACUAAGGAAUCUUUUGGAAACAGAAGGAUCUAGCAUUCUAGAUUAGUACUUCGAGAUGGCAUAUACUGUAUCUGAUUGUGGAGAUUUUAUGUGGUUCUAGCAGCUUUGAGUAUUUGAGUCCAAAGAGGUGCUAAUUUUCUUUCUUCCUUUAUAUGUACUUGUUACAUGCUUUAAUAUUCUAAAAGGGGAAGUCUAUUUCACCUCCA